AUGCUUUCUGGUUUCCGCCUGGCCAAUCGCCCAGAAUCAUCUUACCAGUAUUUCCUUAAAAUGUGCAGGUCCAACGAAAAGCCCAACGAACUUACAUUCGCGGUCUUGAUUAGCACCUUCCUGAAUACAAAUUUUCGGUUUUUGGUCCCUCAACUCCAUUGCAGAGUCAUCUCCUCAGGAUUGAAUCUGAAUGAUUCUCUUGGAUCUUCAUUAAUGAGAGGUUACCUUGAUUUGGGUGAUCACAAAGGUGUAUGCAGAGUGUUUGAUGAGAUUCCGGUGAAAGACAUUGCUCCUUGGAACGUGCUGAUUCUCGGUUAUAUGGAAUCUGGGCUCACUUGUGAAGCUAGGAGGGUGUUCAACUCAAUGCCUGAAAAGAAUGCUUUUUCGUGGAAAAUUGGCGAGUCUGCUGCUACCAAAAUUUACAAAUUGGAAGAAGACCAUCCCGCUGUAUAUUCAAUGCUAUGUAAGAUACACGGUGAACGUGAAGUUUGGAGUACUGUGACCAAGAUGAAGAAGAUGAUAAAGAGCAAGUGUGCUAGAAAACAGAAGGCUGGUAGUUGGAUUGAAUCUGCUUAA